AUGGACUACCUGAAAGCUUCACAUAACCAAAACAAUCGGAUGGUUCGAUUCCCUUUUAAGUUAAUAGAAUUAGAUAUUACAACUGGCCAGGCAACUCCAUCUUAUUCAGAUACUCCGACUCAUACAGCACCACAUAAUUAUUAUGAAAUAGGAAAACCAUACGGUUAUAAACUAGGAGAUCAUGGGAGUUACACAUGCGAGGAGGGGUUCGCAAUAGCUAAAUUAAUGCGGGGUAGAAAUUUAAUUCUCCGAGCAGUAACCUCAUCCGAUUACAUGAAAAGAGUAUUUAUAUCUUGUUCAGCAAUAGAUUACAUUGUAAUUCAGCUUUUUAAUGGCAAUUUUAAAAUAAUUCGUAACCGUAAAGAUGGUUUGGGUUGGGUAAAGAUUACCUACAAACUUCCAGAUCUUACCAAGCUAAAAUUGUUAGAUGAGUCUGGAAACGAAGUAACUGAGCCUGAAUUCAGCUAUGGUCUAAUCUCAACAGAUUUCAUAAUUACAUUUAAUUUCAAAUGUUCUGAGAUCAAGUAUGAUACUCAUACAGUAUGGAAGUUAGAAGAUUCACAAGAAUUCCCAGAAGCUUUAACAAUCAGUCUAAAAUACCAGUCAAUUUUACUUUUGUUCAAAAAUGACAAGAAAACUGAAAUUGUUAUGAGGCAUUUUAUCAACAACUUUAAGUGGUUGUCCCCUGCAGAUGUGGACGGAAAUAUUGAGAGAUCGAUAACACAAAUAACAUAUAACGGUGAUCUGCACAAAAUUUAUGAAGCCAACAGUAACUAUUGCAUCCGUUCAUUCAAGCUGAACAAUGAAAUUGUUUGGAAAGCAAAGGAUACGAGUGAAUAUGCAUCUGCAAUUAUAUCUUCUGUAUGUUACAACAUGAACAGAUCGAUAUUGAUUAUAAGGUAUGACAAAUUCACUUUACUUUCCAAAUCACACGGAAACGAUUGGGAAGAUGUCACUCUUAAUAGUUUUGAUUUUUACCAACUUAAGUUUUUCGAUGAGAACAAUAACAAACUGAGCAUUUUCCAAUGCACAGCUGAAUUCUUUGGGCUAAAAUUAUGCAUUACGUUUGAUUUCAACUGCGAUCAUAUUACUUACAAAGAGGAAAAGUUUUGGGAAAGAGAAAGUUGUGGCGAAUAUCCACUGAAAUUAUGUAUUGAUUUAACAACAAAUUCAGUUUGUUUUUUUUACAGAAGCACCAAAAUUGAUAGUUAUUCCUUUAAAAUUUCUGGACCAAAAUUCCUGGAACAUAAACCAAUGACCAUUAUUGAUUUAAUUGAGCAAAUUAGACAUCUUACCCAAGAACUCACUACAUCGAAGAUGCCUAUAAAACUCUUUUCUGAGAGUAUCAAUAAAACUAUUGAAGGUUUUGAACUUUUUAACAAUGAAUCUGAAGAAAAGAUGAAAAAAUUCAAUAGUUUAUUGGGGUUGAAUCCCAAUGCUCGUUUGGAUGAACAGUUGUUUGCCCUUAUGCAUGCUUUAUCAGAGAGUUCUAUAUUCUACAGACCAUACAUUAACUAUCACAUGGGACAAACAUCCGAGGAAUUAACUUAUAUAUUAUCUGGGAAAUUAUAA